AAUAUACAAAGAACCUUGAUGGCGCACUUUCUGGUAACUCAACAGCUGUUGUAGCUGUCUUAUAAUCAACAAACCGUGUGCUUGAAGUCUGUGCAAUUAUAGGAGGAACUUUUUAAAGAUAAGCAGGCUAUCACAUCGCAGGUCUCGACUUUGAGGGAGUGACUCGAUCCUCUGACACCCACCAGGCAGUACAGUCUCAAAUUCGCAGCCCUGGUUUCAUUCAGAGGGUUAGCGCUGCCGUCUUUAGGUUUGAAGUGUCCCCUAGAGUUGUGUCUCAGAGAUGGAGUGGCUAUCUGCAGUUAUACUUUUUGCUCUGAUAAACUGCGCCAGCGCUGGCGUAGACGGAAUUCCAUGGACAUACUCAGAGGGAGCUAUGGACCAGAUGCAUUGGGCAGAAGAGUACCCAGCGUGUGGUGGCCAGAAGCAGUCCCCGAUUGACAUCCAGCGGCGAAACGUGCGCUUCAACCCAGACAUGAAUGAAUUGGACCUCAAGGGCUAUGAUGAGAUCAGCGGGAAAUUUCUCAUGACCAACAACGGACACUCAGUGCAGAUCAACCUGCCCCCUACCAUGGAAAUCAUUAAGGGGCUGACCAACCGCUACACGGCUGUCCAGAUGCAUCUGCACUGGGGAGGCUGGGACCUGGAGGAGAGCGGAGCGGAGCACACACUGGAUGGCAUUCGCUACAUGGCAGAGCUUCACGUCGUCCACUAUAAUUCUGAAAUGUACAACAGUUUUGCAGAAGCCAAAGAUAAACCAGAUGGCUUGGCAGUUCUGGCUUUCUUUUUUGAGGAUGGGCACUUUGAGAAUACCUACUACAGUGAUUUUAUCCAUAACUUGGAAAAAGUCAAAUAUGCAGGGCAGUCCAUGAACCUCUCCAGCAUCAAUGUGCGUUCCAUGCUCCCGGAAAACCUCAACCACUUCUUCAGAUAUGAGGGAUCGCUGACCACACCACCCUGCUAUGAGAGCGUCAUAUGGACUGUGUUUGACACACCCAUCACCCUCUCCCAUAAUCAGAUUAGAAAGCUGGAGAGCACAUUAAUGGACCACGACAACAACACUAUCUGGAAUGACUACCGCAUCGCCCAGCCCCUGAAUCAGCGUGUGGUGGAGUCCUCCUUCCUCCCUCGCCUGGGCAAAGGAUCUUUUUGCCGGCAAGAGGAGAUUGAGUCCAAACUCCUGAAGAUAGAGAGCAUGGUAACAUCUCUUGGAAAACACAUUCGAUCAAGUAACAUGGGAGAUGGCAGGUCCUCAAGUAAAAGACCCAGAGCCCUGUUCCCCCUGGUGCUGCACUUCCCUGAGCGCAACACUGUGACCUACGCGCAGGCCCACCUCACGCACUCCAUGAACCUGCAGUCCUUCACCGCCUGCAUGGGCGUCCGCCUGCACCCGGCCGGCAACACGCACACCGUCUUCUCCUAUUCCACGGCCGAACACGACAACGAACUGGUGCUGAUGCUGGGCGAGGACGUGGGCCUGUGGCUGGGCAACGAGUUCGUCAACCUCCCCCACGAGCUGCGUGCCCACGACUGGGCGCAUUACUGCAUCACCUGGGCCUCGCACACGGGCGGCGCCGAGCUCUGGAUCAACGGCAUGGUAGGGGAGGAGAGGUACCUGCGUGCUGGCUACACGCUCAUCCCGGGCGGGCUGUUUAUCUUGGGCAAGGACCAAGACGGCUACCUGGGCAUCUCGGACCAGGACGCGUUCGUAGGCCACCUGACGGACAUGAACGUGUGGGACUACGUGCUCAGCGCUGGUGAGAUCAAGGAGCAGAUGAUGUGUGAGAACAGCACGGCGCGGGGCAACGUGCUCAGCUGGGGGGUCACACAGCUCAGUCUGUAUGGAGGCGUAAUGCUGGACCUGGACCACAGGUGCUUUUGAAGAUGGACAGUCAGACAGAGGCGUCAAUUUCAGCUUCGGAAAAAGCCAGUAAAAAGCCUUUACCCUACCACAACUUGUCAUUCCACCAGCUUUGAAUCAGCGGAUUGUAAAUAGUGAUAAAAAUAAUAUUUUUCCCUGUGACAUCAAACUAAUUCCGUUUGGAAACAAAGACGGUGUCUACAUAUGACUACCGGUUUCAGGCAGAAAACAUUGGUAUCAUGUGUAAAUGUCUAUGCCACCGGAUGCAAAACAUUCCUGCUUUGAAUACACAGAAAUGUUCAGUGCUUGAAGGUGUCUGGUGUCACAUGAAAAAGGCCUGUGAUCCCUCAGAUCAGCUCAUCAGUUUAGCCACCUGUGUAUUACUGUAGAUGGGAAACAUUUUUUUACUCUCUGAAUCUGGGCUUGAUACCGCUGGUAGAGAUUCAAAUGUGGUACCCUCCUGCUGAUACAUUACAGUUGAUCUUUCUGCCUAAGGCUAGCAUCCUAGUCCUGUUCAUGAUUUUCUCUGAGACCUGAUGGGUUGGGCAAUGUAAUCUAUUGGAGUUUCCUUCUAAGGCGCUGAGCAUUGCAGCUUCAGAGAGGUAGUCCGAAAGUCCAGCAAUCAUUUUGGUUUAACAUGUGCACUUAAAACAAACCAAUGAAGAUAUCAUAUGUAUUUUUUAUGAGAGUUACUAAAAAUGUUGGCACAUUUUCUAAAUUUUAUUUCACAUAUUGCACAAGAAUAAGGGGGUCAUACACUUUAAGCAGAGUCCAAAGAGUGAAUGAUGUUGUGCUUUUACAUGGAGCCUGUGGCCACUAUUGAUCUGUGUUGUUUUAUUCACUGGCCUAUUUUCAGUAUGUGUGGACAAGGUUGGCCUAACUCAUAUCUGUUCAUCCUCAAUAAACCAAUACUCACAGAACUCACUUUUGCUUGA